AUGUCGCCGCUCAAGCAUCUUUGGGCCCGCCUGCGCGCUGUACCAUCACACCCGUUCGCAAGAGCAAUGGCGACAGUAGGAGGCACAUCCAUCGCGGCCGUCUCGCUGUGGACUUUGAUCGCCCGUAACCUUGUCACCUACGGGCCCUCUGAAGGUCCGUCGAUGUACCCGACCAUCCCGAGCCAGCGGUCCUACAAUAUCCUUUCGCGACGGCACAAGCACGGCAGAAAUAUCCAAGUGGGGGAUAUCAUCGUGUACCAGAGCCCUAUGUUUCAGGGCCGGAGGGCGUGCAAGCGCGUCAUUGGCAUGCCGGGCGACUACGUGGUGCGCGAUCCCAGUCUCUCGCCUACUGUUGGCGAUGCGCGUGUUGUUGGGUUAUAUGAGGGCGCCGCUGAUGGCGUGCGCGAAGAGCCUGUCAUGGUGCAAGUUCCUGAGGGACACGUGUGGGUCGCGGGGGACAAUCUAUCGUAUAGUAGGGACUCGCGAUUCCAUGGGCCCGUGCCCAUGGCGCUGAUACAGGGCAAGACGUUGUAUGUGGGCGAUGGAUGGUUCAAUUGGACGUCGUUGCGCAAACCGCAGUUACAACCAGCUUUGCUGGCGGUCGAAACUACAGCUCGCGACCCAGACGAGAAGAUUGGCAUGGAGGUCUCCCACGCCGGUUGA